AUGUCUGCUAACCAUGCCCCCCAGCUUUCCCAACUCAUUUGCAUGUCUACCCCAGAUCCUGUGGAAGCUGAAAAGGCUUCCUUAAGAGAGCAGCUCACAGCUGUGUCAGCAGGGCUUGUGGCCAAGGCAAAGUGCAUGCCUGAUGACCAGGAGGACAUGCAGGAGGAGAAGAUGAUGUGGCUGAGGCACUGGGAGGAGAAGAUGCAAUGGACUGUGGAGGAAGUGGAAGCAUGUGCAAAGGCAGAGCAAGAUGUUCAGAUGGGAGAGGAGACCAUGGUGGAGCUUGGCAAUGAUGGUGCAGUGAAGAUGUCACAUGUGGAAGUUCUGCAGCCAGCUUGCAAGGCAAGUCAACAUGGGCAUUGCCCUUGGCAGACUGUUGCUGAGAGUGACAAAGAGCCUGCCUGGCUGAAGAUCCAUAUCCCAGCCAUGGGUACAGUCACCCACAAGGAGCCAUGCAUGUGGUGCACUCUGAAGGGGGUUUCUUGUACUGGAACAUUGGGCAAGACCUGCAAUGCCUGUGCAAGGAUCAAGCAGGGCUGUGAAAAGUCAAGCAAAGUGGCAGGGAAGAAGGUGCAGGUGGUCGAGAGCAGGGCCCAUGGAAAAGGAAAGGCACCAGUGUAUGGUGGACUGGAUGACAAGACUGCCAUGGCUUUGUCUCGAGCACUGACAAUUGUGAGGGCCAAGGCCAUGGCUUCACAUGCAGCCACCAUGCAUCUCAGGUCUGUGUUGACCAGCUCACAGAGGCCCUUGAAUACCUUGGCAUAG